GUGGAGGGAGCAGCUUAUACUGGUUCAUUUGUAUGGAAAUCUCAGAGUAUUGGUAUGUGGAACCGUGGUAGAGGAGAGAACAUGUUGGACAGCGGAGCCCCCUUCUACGAUACCUAUGAGACUUUAGAUGGACAGUACAUGGCUGUGGGCGCCAUUGAACCACAGUUCUACAAACAGCUGCUUAAAGGCUUAGAGCUGGACGCUGGAGAGUUGCCUCCUCAGUUGAGCGUCAGUGAUUGGCCAAAGCUGAGACGGAUCUUCACAGAGCGCUUCGCCUCAAAGACCCAGGCGGACUGGUCAAGGAUUUUUGAUGGGACCGAUGCCUGCGUCACACCUGUGUUGUCUUUCGACCAGGUGAGCUCACACCCUCACAACCAGGAGAGAUGCUCUUUCAUGAAGAGCUCCAGCGGAGAAGAGUUCCCCCGGCCGGCUCCGGUUCUGUCUCGGACUCCCGCCGAGCCUUGCCUCACUUCCGAUCCUGUUGUCGGCGAACACACCAUCGAGGUCCUGCAGGAAUACGGCUUUACUUCAGCAGACAUAGACAAGAUGAUAUCGAGCAAAGUUGUAGAGUGUAAUGCUGCCAAGGCCAAUCUAUAAAAAAAUGAAAUACAUCAAUGUGAAUGAGGGACAAACUUCACUAAAUUACGGAUAAAUGCAGUGCCUGUUUUAGUUAUUUCAUGAAAUUAACUUUCUAGUAAUUUGUUUUUAUUACAAGAAUCUAAGGAAAGUAGAAAGUGUUUCUUUUUUUUUCUCUUGAAAUAGAAAGUCGUAUUGAAAAACAUCAAAUUCUUCUUCAUCUGAUACAUUUAUAUCCAUUCUGUUGGAAAACACUUCUACUUCUUUAUGACGCAUAAAAACAUAAUUCAGCCAUGUUUUAUUGCCUUCUCUGCCUUCUGUGUUACUGUGGAAGACGUUUAAUACCACCUGGCUACUCUUUAAUUCACACUAACCUAAUGGCUACUAAAUUAUGAAAACAUGCGAAAAGAGACUUGUGAAUACAAGCUGAAAGAUCAUCUAGCAUCACAAACACAAGUAAACUGACUCAUUGUUGAGUCUUAUCGCUUGUCGUCUUGAUGCCUCAAGGAUCUUGGUAUUACCUUGGCAGUUUUAUUGUCGUUUGAAUAACCAAUCAGCAACAUGUUAGACAUGAAAACUUAAAUUGAAUAAUUUAAAAAUAUGCAAAGAAUGUGGUUUUUCAGUGCUUUUGUAUGGAGUUUCAGUCGAAAUCAACAGACCUGCAGCAGCACACUUUGUAGAUUCAUAAACUAAAGUUUUAAAAUCAUCUAAACAUCUGCUUUUUGUAAAAUAAAUAAAUAAAUAUCCAA